AUGCGCGAUAUGGCAGAGAUUGUGCUGUAUGACGUAUCCGCGAAGAAAUGGUAUAUUCAGCGAGCUACCGGAGACAUUCCUCCCCCAAGGACCGAGUUCUUUACGGUGGGAAAGGCUUCAUCCGAUGGCAAGACAUACGAAGUAUAUGUGUACGGCGGUAUGACUAAUGCAACCUACGACCUCAACUAUCCUGAUGAGCUUGGCUACUUGAAUGUCUAUGUUCUCUCCCUACCUGCAUUCAGAUGGUUCCAGACCCCAGCAACAACGAGCACCCCCAGAUGCAGCCACACUUGUUCCAUUAUCGGCAACAGGCAAAUGAUAUCUAUCGGUGGCUGCCCGCCUAGUACGCUUAAUCAAUUCGGCGCCGAUUACGAUGAAUGGGCAAGCGGUAUAGGGGUUUUGGACCUGUCUGAACUACAAUGGAAGGACCACUACGACGCGGGAGCUGCACUCUAUGAGCGAGCACAGUUGGUCCAGAAAUACUACAACCAAAUUUAUGCCAAGCCAGCGUGGAGUGAUCCGGCACUGGCAACAAUAUUCGGUAAGUGCCCUUUUCGUCUCCAGACUCAGGGACGCAAUAAGUAUCAGAACUGUGUAAAAGCAGCGUUUGCCGGCCCAAUCCAUCCCACUACACCCCCAACGCCUGGCCCAACAUCUCCAGUACCACCUCCAGCAUCAUCAACGUCUCCUCAUGGUGGCUCGUCUCAUACUGGCGCUAUUGCUGGCGGCGUCGUGGGAGGCGUGGUAGGCUUGGGUCUUAUUGCUGGGCUCGCAUACUUCCUUGGAACGCAUCGUAGUCGCAAAACCGCCGUCUCGGGAUCUCUUGCGCUCCACCUUCAGAGCCAAAGUCUUCUCACAUACACAACAGCCCUUCAACAAUGCAGAAGCCAUCGCCGGAGAUGGGCCAAACGCAGGUGUUUGAACCAAGUGAGAUGGAGGGCGAAACUCAUCAGGUGGCCGAAUUACGCGGGGUAUAUCGGGAGCUUGCACCAGGAUAAAGAUAACCCAUAA